AUGCAGGAGAUGGCGAGCCAAAGGCUCCUGCUCCUCCUUGCGCUCCUCCUCACGCUGCUCGCCUCCACGAAGGCGGCGGUCGUCGGAGGAGAUGGCGGUGGCGGGGGUGGAGGUAGCGCCGAAGAAGCGAAGCCGCCGGACGACGGGGCGGCGGCGGCGGCGGCGGCGACGAUCGACGUGCGGGCGAGGAGGUGGCCGCGGUUCCCGGCGACGGACGGGCAGCUGGUCCGCGGCAGCGCGCGGCGGGUGCCCAACUCGUCGGACCCUCUCCACAACCGCUGAUGUAAAUGGACGGCGUUCGUCGUCGUGGAUUGCCAACUCUGUUCUUGGGAGUUUCUUGCGUUAGCUUCUGUUCGGUCAGUCAUGGCUGCAGAUCAUGGCAUUGUGUUCAGAGCCGAUUGAAAUGCAUAUAUAGAAGUAGGUUUGGAUCUGGAGUAGAUUUGGUUGCCACCUCUAGCGCUUGUAAUCAGAAAUUGAU